UAGCGUUUUGUUUUCAUAAUAAACAUAACCUUAAUAACCUAUAAUUAUUGACAUCCCUGUGUCUCGUCAUUCCAAAAACAAAUUGAAAUCAAUUUGAAAUAAAUACUUUCAAGAAAUGUUUUCAGUUCAAUUGCAUUUAAUAAGGAGUAUAUCAACUUCUGCGCCCAGACAUGGGAAGAAAAAUUUUAGGAAAUUUCAGUUAUUCAAUAAAAGGGGAUCUAGGUUAUUCAAGAAGAAUCAAAUCGAAAAUCCUCAACCAGAUUUACUCGACAAAAGAGGUGUGAGGGACAUAGGUUAUGUAGAUGGAAAUAAAUUUGUCACCAUACCUGAAAGGAUCCCAGAGUUGAUUGUUCCAGACCUUACUGGUUUUCAGUUGAAACCUUAUGUGAGUUAUAAGGCACCAGAUAUAAAGCAAGAAGAAUUUACUGCUCAAGAUUUGUUCAAUGUGGUUUAUGCACCAAAAAUUAUUGAAGAUUUCAACAGCGGAAAAUUAAAUGAAGAUGGUACUCCAAAAGAACCUUCAGCUGAAGAAAAUAUGUCGCCUGAAGUAGCAGAAAUUAGAGCUAGACAAACAGGAGCUGAUUUGUUUUGUAGCAAAGAUUAAUCAAUCUUUACAUAAAUGUAUAGAGUAUUAGAAUUUGAACUGUUCUUUCACAAAAAAUAAAUAAAAAUAGUAAAAUAUA